AUGUAUGGAGCAGAAGAUUUCACUGCGGCACCUCCUCUUGGACCAGAAUUAACAAGUGGAAAAUGGAGAGUUCGUGUGAUAGAUGGUGAUGCAAGGAUUACAGAGGAACUGGUUUCCGGAAAAGAAGUGUGGAGCAUGCGAAACCGACGUGUUAUGGUUGAUUUCAAUAGAAAAGGACAGAUUAUCAAGGAUUCUGGAGGUUUGUUUGGUUCGUGGUUAGGCUCACUAAGCAAUGAUCUGAAUAUGCUACCCAUAGACUACACGGACUGGAGGAAAGUUCCCACGUAUAGGAAAGAGAUGGCUUGGAAAGUAAUUCAGAAAAAAUUCUGCUUUGAUGACCCAAGAAAGAGGAAGAAAUAUGUUCUAUCUAUCUUAGGAUGCAGAUGCAGAGACUUAAAGCAACGUAUUUGGAGGACUUAUAGACGAAACACUCUACAAGAAUCAUUUGAUGCACGACCAGGUCUAGUUCCAGAAGAUCAAUGGAAAGGGUUUGUGGAAAUGCAAUUCACUGAUAAGGCUAAGGAAGAGGAAACAGGUAGAGAACCAAAUAGAGGUGAACUUUUUAUCGCAUCACGUUCUAGAUCUGAUGGAACUUUUGUUUGUGAGGAUGCAAGAAUCUGUGCGGAUAAGCUGAAAGAAGUAAUGACUGAAAGUUCUAUUCAAAGUGAAGCACAUGAGGCAUAUGAACAAGUAUUUGGUCCUGAGAAUUCAGGACGAGUUCGUUGUGUAGGACGUGGCCCUACCCCAUCCAAGUAUUUCUCUAAUUUGGAAUGCACUUCGUCUACUGCUGAGGUUAAACAUUUGAAGGGCCGAGUGAAAGAUCUUGAAGAUAAACUAGAUAUGGUGUUGAGCUCUUCGUCUACUACUGAGGUUAAACAUUUGAAGGACCGAGUGAAAGAUCUUGAAGAGAAACUAGAUAUUGUGACUGAUGCUCUUUGUAAACUUGUUGAAUCAAAAGUUCAAGAUCGGUUCCAGGUAAUUGCCUUGUGA